GCCCGGAGUCGCUGAAGGCUCCCGUUGCGAGCAGCUACUUCCGCCAGAAGACCCUAGCGGCUCCCGCUAGGAAGCUGGUCCUAAAGCGGCCUCCUUCUAUCCUCAGCGGGCACGUCGGCGAGGCGGGGUGGCCGAGUCCCGGGCCUGGGUGACCGGCGGGUGCGGGAAGGCCUGGCCCGGCCGCGGCCCCGGCCUUCCGCGGCCAGUGCGGAGCCCGCAGGCCUCGCCGCGCCCACCCGGCCUGGGGCGGGGCGCGGCCUCCCCGCCCCGGACCCCGCCCCGGCCGCCGGCCCAGCGCGGGUCAUUCCCUCCAGCCCUGCGGCGGGGUCACCGCCUCGCGGCCCUGGGCUCGGCGGGCGCCCGGCUCCGGCCGCUGGGGGAACAUGGAGUUUGCGGAGCUGAUUAAGACCCCGCGGGUGGACAACGUGGUUCUGCACCGGCCCUUCUACCCGGCGGUGGAAGGGACCCUGUGUCUGACGGGCCACCACCUCAUCCUGUCCUCGCGGCAGGACAACACGGAGGAGCUGUGGCUCCUCCAUUCAAACAUCGACGCCAUCGACAAGCGAUUUGUGGGAUCUCUGGGUACCAUCAUCAUAAAAUGUAAAGAUUUUCGAAUUAUUCAGUUGGAUAUUCCUGGAAUGGAGGAAUGUUUAAAUAUAGCCAGUUCCAUUGAGGCAUUGUCUACCCUAGACUCUGUUACUCUGAUGUACCCUUUCUUCUACCGGCCUAUGUUUGAGGUGAUAGAAGAUGGCUGGCAUUCUUUCCUUCCUGAGCAAGAGUUUGAACUUUACUCUUCAGCUACCAGUGACUGGAGGCUAAGCUAUGUCAAUAAGGAAUUUGCCGUCUGUCCUUCUUACCCACCAAUUGUCAUAGUGCCCAAAUCCAUUGAUGAUGAAGCUCUUCGGAAGGUAGCCACGUUUCGACAUGGAGGGCGCUUUCCAGUACUGAGCUAUUAUCAUAAAAAAAAUGGAAUGGUAAUUAUGCGAAGUGGUCAGCCACUCACUGGCACUAAUGGGAGAAGGUGCAAGGAAGAUGAGAAGCUGAUAAAUGCUACCCUCAGGGCAGGAAAGCGUGGCUACAUCAUUGACACACGAAGUCUAAACGUGGCCCAGCAAGCUAGAGCCAAAGGAGGUGGCUUUGAACAAGAAGCCCAUUAUCCCCAGUGGAGGCGGAUUCAUAAGUCCAUUGAGAGGUAUCACAUUCUUCAGGACAGCUUAAUCAAACUCGUGGAAGCUUGUAAUGACCAAACCCAUAACAUGGACCGAUGGCUCAGUAAGUUGGAGGCCUCCAACUGGCUGACUCAUGUCAAAGAGAUUCUGACCACUGCCUGCCUAGCAGCCCAGUGUAUUGACAGGGAAGGAGCAUCGGUUCUGAUUCAUGGAGCAGAAGGAACUGACUCCACCCUGCAGGCGGCCUCCCUGGCUCAGAUCAUUUUGGAACCACGGAGCCGGACCGUCCGAGGUUUUGAGGCCCUGAUAGAAAGAGAGUGGCUUCAGGCUGGUCACCCGUUCCAACAGCGCUGUGCACAGUCAGCCUAUUGCAGUAGCAAGCAGAAGUGGGAGGCGCCCGUAUUUCUUCUCUUCCUGGACUGUGUGUGGCAGAUACUCCGUCAGUUCCCUUGCUCUUUUGAGUUUAAUGAGCAUUUCCUCAUCAUGCUCUUUGAGCAUGCGUAUGCCUCACAGUUUGGAACAUUUCUGGGCAACAAUGAAAGUGAAAGAUGUAAAUUGAAGCUCCAGCAGAAAACGAUGUCUCUGUGGUCCUGGGUCAAUCGGCCCAGUGAGCUGAGUAAGUUUGCCAAUCCUCUCUUCGAAGCCAACAACCUGGUCAUCUGGCCUUCAGUUGCUCCACAGAGUCUUCAGCUGUGGGAAGGAAUUUUCCUGCGUUGGAACCGAUCCUCUAAGUACGUGGAUGAAGCAUAUGAGGAAAUGGUGAACAUCAUUGAGUACAACAGGGAAUUACAAGCAAAGGUCAACAUCCUGAGGAGGCAGUUGGCGGAACUGGAAACAGAGGAUGGACUGCGGGAGAGUCCCUGAGAGACCCCCAGCAUCCUAAGGACCUUCAGGCCCGGUCCUCUUUCCCUCUUCCUGCAGUUCACUUGUACUGGGUAGCCUUGAACUUAAGGCUUUGGACAUGGGACCCCUCUGACGUCAUGCUCUCUCAGCUUGUAGAAGUGCCACCCACUACGGUCCCAUUCUGUGAGGCCUGGUAGGCCCUUUGCUUUGGAAGCAAGAAGGAGGCCCCCGUCAUUUUCAUUUUACAUGGGAUCGAUGACCUAUUUAAUGGCAUUUGAGUCACACAUCACUUCACCAAAACUCCUCCUGUCCCGUUUCCAAACACUACUCCAGACCAGUUGAGGAUGUGAUCAGAUCUCUGUAAGAAUAUUUGGUGGAUUAAUAAAAGGGUCAGGCUUUUAAGCACUCUUGGUAUAGAAAUGUUUUUUAAAACUGAAAUGGUUAAUAAACAAAAAAUUUUUGUUUAAUAUGCCAUUUCCAUUACCUUUGCAACAUAAAAUAUCCAUUUUCUUUAAAACAGUUUUGGACUAACAAAGUUGAAUUCAUUUUCAUUCUGGAUUGUCAAGAAAGGAAAAUUGGAAUACUUGUUCAAGGUACCUUUUUUCUGUAAGGGCAACAGGUAUGGUCCUCUGAUUUUUACAUUAAUAAAUAAAUUUAUUUGAAGAGGAGACACUAAAAAUAUGUGCAAUAUAGAAUUCACGUAGGAAUUUGUUAUUAAGAGAGAACUGUUACUAUUGAAUUUGUUUUUCAGAUUUCUGACCAUGUGUAUCAAAUGUGUAUCAAAUGCUGGAUGUAAAAUUAAAUCAUCACUUAGAAUAAGGUUAAUUUGUUAAAAUUAAGCUACAAAUAUGGUUUCUUUAAACCAGAGAUGCACUGCCCUUGUCAGAAGUUCUAAUUGCACUGUUUUAUAUUUGUAUGUGUGUGUUUUAUUUUAAGUAUUUUAAGCGUUUACUAAGACUAUGGUUGUUAAAACUUCCACGUCGGCUAGCAUCAUUUGCAAGUUUAUCUUGACUCCACUGAUUUGCCCAUUAUGUGUUAGGCAAAUACAAUUUAACUGGAGGAGGAGAUUUUUGAAUAUGAUGCAACUCUGUUUAAACUUCAGAAGCGGUUCUGAAAUGUCUCGGUGCUGUGCUUGUGCUCUGCCAACUUGUUUAUAACUGCAGCUCUAAAUGUUGGGGGUUCAGUACUGUCCAGGUGUGUCUAUCUUAUGGCACUGCUCAUUUUAACAAAUACCAUCCUUCUAGUUUUCAUUUAAAAGGAUAGUUGGAGAGUAAUCUUAAAUACCAUUUCUACACCACCUAGGUAUAAUGUUUUCAGUGUAUAACACAGCAUUGGACCCUGCUGCAGAGUUAUGUAUGGAGGUAAAAAUAUAAUGUUAAAAAAUAUACGCUAGCAAAAUUUAUGGCCACAUUCAGGAGCCUUAAAGUGGCAGAUGCUUUCUCUCUCCAAUUUCCCAAACUUCCUCUUUUUCACCUUCAGACUUGUGCAAAAGGCUAGGUAAUAAUCAGCAGUCAGAUUCUUUGGGUAAGUUUGCCUACCUUCUUCUCUAAGCUCAUUUUAUUCUUGGCUUAUUUUCUUGACUGUAGUUAGGAAUCCUGGGGCAUUGACACCAUCACAAAAGACUAAGGGAGGGCGCUUUAGAGGUGUUCUCCCUUUCUGUCCCUAUCUUGUUGUAUGAAAUAUCUGAGUUUUGAAAAAGAAGAAACAGCCUUGCUGUUUUAUGGGUCCUCAAAAUUCCCUGUGUUGGUUUGUGUAGCUGACCUGUUUGUUUUCUCUUAUUUUUGUCUCAAGGUUACAUACGAAAAAAGAGUCCUUUUCUUUUCAACUAAUGGACUGAUAAGGAGAACCAUCUGGAGAUUUCUCUAGUGAUUCUUUAAAAGCAACUUCCACUGCUUAUGCUGAUCAGCUGCAGGGCUUCCAGGGGUGGAAACUUGGAAGGGAGUUGUUGUUCUCCUUGGUCAUGGGAAACUCAUAAGCCAUCCGUUUAUACCUGUCUUCCUGAUGAACACUUGGUGUGUGAGCCAGAGACAGUUAUAGCCUACUAUUCCAGUUUCUUUUUUUUUCUCCUGUUGAGACAGCGGUCAUCACUAUUUUGACAAGUUUGUAUUUUAAUGUUAACUUAUAAAUAGGGAUUAACCAAACCUCAGAUCUGUUUGCAAGUUGAAAAAUAACCUUUGAUAUCAGUGCACUUUCAGAAGGGUCAAUUAAUAAUGUAAAUAUUACCGUUUCCCCAAACUUGAGAACCCUGUCAAGGGUUGUCACUAUAAUUUGAAGAGGGUUUCUAGCAAUACUAUUAAGUUACCUCCCUUGGGAGAGGAGAAUAAAUAACAAUGGAUACACUCAUGAAAAAAUACGUGUUAAGCAUUAGGUCUGGAGAGUACUUGCCUUUGAUGAAUGUGACUUAAAAACUUUAAUGAAGAGGUUGGUGACAGAUUUAGUAAGCAAGCAGAUGCCCUUUAGGAGCCAGAUAUAAUCACGUGAGAGGUAAUUAGUUCAUAUACAUUAGUCAGCUCUAUUCAUUUGUGGAGAAGGUUGGUUUAUAGUUGGGGAAUGUUUCUUAAAGUAGGUCCCCCAAAGACCAUUUUCAAAAAUGCAAAAGACCACAAUCCUUUUCAGCAACACCAGGGAUCCUGAGGUUUAAGCUAAUAAUUUUUUGAAAAUCAGAAGAAUAUAGUUUUUUGAUUAUAUAAGAAACAUGAAACUCUUUUGGUGAUAAGACUUUAGUAAUUAUUUGAUUAAUUAAAAGUUUUGUUUUUAACA